CCAUCAGGUGUCGCUGCUGCACGUUUUAAGAGAUGAAUUCAUUGGCUCUCGGCACGUCACGUGAUCAAAACAUUGCCUCGCAGUCGCAGGAUGAAGUAGCUUCCGCUUAGCGGUCAACACCAGCAGAAAACGACCUUUAACCAAAGGCCUCACCAACUAUUCUGAUUCACACAGGUAUGCCACGGAAAGAUCCGUGUCAAAAGCAAGCAUGUGCGAUUCAACAGUGUUUACAAGCUAACAAAUACCAGGAGAGCAUGUGUGAGCACGUGAUCAGGGAGAUGCGGCGGUGCUGCGACUCUCUGACUGGAAACUCCAUCUGCUGCUCCGGGUUCAAGGACUCAAAACCCACGGAGAACAAAAGUAACACAUAGCUACAUUCAGCCCAAAGAUUGUGAUGGGAAUACUGGAGAAAAUGAGCAUUGUAUCAAUGUUUUAUUGACUGCAACAGUGUCGUGGACUUGAAUAGGCCUUACUUUUCUUGUAUAGCAGACAUGUCAUUGCAGAAAGGCAUAGUGGUCCUGGAGUUGUCACACACACAGGCGUAUAUGUUAUUAAAUACAUAUUUAAAUGCCUCACAUCUUUGGCACAACAUUCAUUGGACAUUGUGUACCAUGGCAAAUGUUGUAUUUAUUAAAGUGAAUUGUUUCCUGUGA